AUGCCCGCUGGACUGCAAGACCAACAACCGGACCACCGGCACCAGCAAUCCCCCAGCCCCGGCAAACGGACAGUGCGUGGCGUCGCCAUCCCGCCGCUGGACCUGCACCGCCACAGCAUCCGGCAAAACGAACCAUGGGAUAACGGGCCUGAGGACCCGCCAGCACGGCCCUCACAUCCAGCACUGCAGCAGCAGCAGCAGCAGUCCUUCGCCCCGCAUCGAACAGCCACCAACGUCAUCCGCGUUCGACUGGAAGGUGGCGCUGCUGUCGCGACGGACGCCCAAGCUACUGCGGCGGCGGUAGCGGUGGCGGCGGGGGCUAUACACCGACCGAAUGGCCCAUCGGAAGGCUCAGAGCGUACGGAGCAUGAGCGGUCUCAGGGCCGGCAAGUAGCCGCCGCAAGACACUCCAACAGCGACGCCCGCUCGUCCGCUAGUACGACUAUCGCCGGUGCUCCCGGCGGCCAGCUGGCGACGCCGGCGGCGACGCCGGGACUGGGCAGCGCGCGGCCCUCUUCCGCGACGGAGGACAUGGACGGACUGCCGCCGCUGCAGACGUUGCCGCAGAGCCCGAUAACGCCGCCACAGCACGCGCACCCGCACGGCACCGGCCUGGCGGCGCAGGACUCACCGCGGUCGUACAUGGCGCAGCCGUCGUCCCGGUCAGCCACCAGCGACGGCCGACUCGGUACGGCAGCGUCAUCGCUGGGGUUGGCAGAUUUGGAGGCCGAGGCGGAGCUGGCGCCGACGCCACCGCCGCAGCCGCAGCCGGCGGCAGCUCGUCUUGCUGACGGCAUCGAGACGCUGGAUGACGUCAUGGCGCCGGCGCUGCGGGAACGUAUUCGGUCCAUGCUCUCCGUGCAGGCCCGCAUGAGGGCGUACGAGGAGGAGCGGGAGAAGGUCAUUCGCGCCAGGGGAGGGGACCAGGGGGUCGCCACAGCGCAAGCGGGUGCCGGUCCCGGCGGUGCGGCCGGGGCCGUGCGCAGGAACUCCCGGUCGCUGCGGCUUGCAAGCAGCCACCGCAACACCGGCGGCGGCGGCGGCGGCCGCGGCGGCGGCCCUCGCGGACCCGGUCUGAGGUCGGGGUCCAGGUCGAGGUCCAGGUCGGCGUCGCCCCUGCCGCCGCCGCGCCAGUCGGUGACAGCUCUGCCUGCCACUUCCUUGCAGCCGGUCAGCGGGGCAACAUCCGCUAAUCAGGCGUCGGCGACAUCGGCGGCAGCAGCAGCGGCGGGUCAGGCCACUUCCAGAGCUACCUCCCCGUCGUUAUUGCCCCGGGCAAACGGUGUCGGAAUGACGGGACGGAGGUCGCCGGAUGUGGCGGCUGCGGCGGGGGCGGCAACGGCACCAAGGGACGGGCCGGCGCGACCCGUGGGUCUGUCGACUGCUCGGUCCUUGAAGCGCGUGCAGCUCGUAACCACGAAAAAAGAGAUUGCCGCGGAAAAGGGAAAGGAGAAGGGCAAAGACGCCACGCCGGCAGCCAGCUCCAACGCAGAUUCGACAACAACAGCGACGACGCCGCGCCAGAACGACGGCGCGACGGCCUCCGAGCCAUCCUUGACGCCGCAGGCUUCCAGCACCUCGGUCCCAACCAGCUCUGCAGCCUCCGCCGCCAGGUCGUACGGCAGUGGAUCCUCCCGUCCUGGCCGCUCGUCCAUUCGCGCCAACGUGCCGCCGCCGCAGAGGAUCGUCCUCCCUGGACCUCAGGGCGACCUGAACCAUCUGCUGCUGUUGCUCGAGAAGCUGCCGUCGCGGACGCCGCGCGGGAAGCAAGCGGCGACGUCACUGACCCGUGGGUCGCUCCCUAUCAUCCCAAGCUAUUUAGAUUUGGCGCGGGCUCACAGUCCCGACCACCGCCAGCGGUUGAGCCAGCAGAUCCAGCAGUUGCUGCAGUCGCCACGCGCGGGAAGCCCCAACGGCCGCUUCUCGUACGACAUCACGGAACCAAGAGUGUGGGGUCCGGCGGCGGCCUCCAGGGAGGGUGGUGGUGCGCACAGCUUCCUUCCUGAGCAGGUGGCGGCGAUGGCUGGCGCGCGGGGAGGCGCAGCGACGGCGACGACGGCAGCAAUGGGGGGAUCGCUCGCAGGCGGCGCCCCCGGUGGCGGCCCCAGCGGCAGUGGCGGCGCAGGGGGGGAUCCUCCGUCGGUGCCGGGCGCCGUCGCCGUCAACAUGCCGCCGCUGCUGCGGAUGGCGGCGCCGCAGCCACCGGCGGCAUUGACGGCGCCGGCGCUGAUUCGCGGCGGCGGCGGGGCGCUUCUGCCGGUGCUGGGUGGUCGAGCUGGUGGCGGCGGUGCUACCGCACGCGAGCAUGAGCGCAGGCACGCAGCACCAGGGGGCCCCGCCGGGGGGGGCAGCGCCGCUUGCACGUACGGGAACUCACCGAUGUACGAGCUUUACGCGCUGGGGCUACUGCCCAAUCCCUCACUUCUCCGGGCGUCAAUGGCUGCCGCUACAGCGCGCCCCGCCAACGGAGCAGCGGCCCGCCGGUCUCACGGCCACACCAGCAGCAUGCCUGCCUUCGGCGACAUGACGCCUCGCCACUGCCCCAGCCCCGCCGCUUGCUCCCCCGCGGCGGCAGCGGGGACUGCGGCAGCGGUGCCGUACCAUCGCAUACGACAAGAUCUCGCUCCUGUCAGCGGGUCCGCUGCGACCAUGGCCAUGCACCGCAGAGCUGCCGCUGCAACCGCCACAACCGCCAGCGCUGGAGGGCUCCGUGUUGUUGGGCCUUACAGCGCCCCUGCCAGCCCCUUGCCUUCACAAUUCACCCACAUGCACCCGCACGUGGUUCCCGGGUCGGCUUUGGCGACCGCGGAGGCGGCGGAGGCGGAGGUGAUGACGGUGCGGUCGAAGCGGGGCCGGUCGGGGGUGCUGGACCUGCAGCACAUGCUGGGCGUGGACGUGCCGCCGCCUUUGCUCCAAGGGCGCUGGGAGUGCGCGGCUGGCAAGGUGUGUGGGUGGACAGUGUCCAUCCAGCCCCCUGCUUGCAUACCGCCCUCCCUUUCAUCAUCCACCAAGUGA